UAAAAUUAAAUAUGGAAUGUCAAAACAUUAAUCAGUACAAAGAAAAAAAAUGGGAAGUCAUUUGACAAAGUUCAAAUUCUGAAAUUUGUUGUUAAAAUAUGUCAUACUCGAAGAAUGCCCGUAAACUACCGGAUAUCAGUAAAUCAUCGUUACACACAGACACACGUGAGGCGGAAGAAGUGACUGCUUGCCAUGCAUCUGAGAGUUGCACCUAUGCUGUGACCGUGUCAAAAAAAUCAAGCGGCACAGCGGAGGAAUCCCCGCUCUGCUCUGGCCAAAAAUCCUUCAUCAGUAUCCACUCAACCGACCAACUAUGUCAAGUGGCCGACAUCGAAAACCCCACCGAUCUCGACGAAUGCAACGUCGAAGUCAUCAGUCUCAACGAAGUCUUCCCAUCCACAUCAGAAGAGAGCCUGUCUAAUGACGAUGAACCUCAAAGAAAACAAAGAAAUCGCAAUAAAAAACCUAUUCCCAAACAUGAAAAAACAGCCUACGUACCGACCAAUAGCAAGUCUUCGACUGGCUCUCGGCAAAAAGAACCGAUAGAGGGUCAGAUAUCGGUGUAUUCGGACUUCGAUAUACCGAAGAACACGAUGUAUGUGGUUGGGAGUGACCCGGGAGAAGCGAAGAAGUCGUAUCAGGAUCCGCCAAAGAAAAUUUCGAAGACGAUGAAGAAGCUGCUCCGAAACAUUGACAAGCACAAGAGUGAGCAAAACAGCAAAAGCGAGAAACAAGCACUCAGCAAGCUGACGAUGAGGAGCAUUCUGAAGGACGGGCGCUGCGGGCCGGAGUGCACCGGAGACUCCGUUCAACCGUCCGACGACUAUUCACCUGACGAUCACAACAUUCCACCGUUUAUGGAAUUCGAGCCAGCAACGAACUACGCCAGCUACGUUAAACAGAACCCAGAUAAGAACGUCACCUUCAAUACACAAGUCGUCAUCAUUCACUUCACAGGCGACCUUUGUGUGGGGCAAAGCGUAGAAACGCUAAGCAAAGAGAAGGACCAACAAGCGCGUAAUUCUGAACUUAGAAAAACCUUCCUUAACAAGUAUAAUGAACAUUGGCCCACUCAGAAGUAACCCGAUUCUAGACAAUUACAUUACCUAAUUAAUCUUAGCGCCUUUGGACGGCAAUUGGGGGCAGCGAUAAAAAAUAUAUUCGCCAUUUUCGCGAAAAGGGACUUUAGUUCACUAUAGUUCGUUUUUU